GUACAGUAACUGAAAAAAUUAUCAACUCAUGUCUCAUAUUAAGGCUGUUCUGUUUAUCGUUUUGAUAUACUCCGUUGGUAUCUUUGCGGUAUCUGAUGCGAAAGAAAAUAAUCACACCUUGUCAACACCUUCAAAAUCAACACCACCGAACGGUACUAAGACAGAUAAAGACAAACCAUACAUAUAUACAGAGUGGAGUGAAUGGGAAACAAUCAGUGAAUAUGAAACAGAAGAAAAACGUAAGAAGAAAGAACAAGCGGAAAAAGAUUCGGAAUGGGAAGUUGUAACAGAAAUUGUGACAGAAAUAGUACUGCCAAAACGCAACGAAACCAUUGAGGAAACAACAAUUGAGAAAAAUAUAACAGUACCAAGGAGAGGAAGUUACAAUGAGACCAUUGAAGAGACGAUUAAGAGGCAAGGAGGCACUGUUCCAAAGAAGCGGACGGAAAUAGAGACCAUUGAAGAAACCAUCAGGAGACAAGGGGGAACCAUUCCGAAGAAUCGGACUGAAACAGAGACCAUUGAAGAGACAAUCAGAAGACGCGGGGGCACUGUUCCGAAGAAGCGAACAGAAACCGAGACCAUUGAAGAGACCAUCAGGAGACGAGGGGGCACUGUUCCGAAGAAGCGAACAGAAAUAGAGACAAUUGAAGAGACGCUCAGAAGACGAGGGGGAACCAUUCCGAAGAAGAGAACGGAAACAGAGACUAUUGAGGAGACUAUCAGGAGACGUGGAGGGACCGUUCCGAAGAAACGAACAGAAAUAGAGACCAUUGAGGAAACAUUCAGAAGACGAGGAGGAAGAGUUCCGAAAAAGCGUACAGAAAUAGUGGAAACUGACAUUCGAGUGCGUAAAGGCAUACCUAAGAAACGAACAACUUUCAUUGAAACCAUUAUUGAGACAAUGAACAACUUUUGGCGUCGUCCAGUAAGAAGAUAUCGAAGAAUAAGUGGUGAUAUUGGAAUAUAUGUACGAAGAUCCGGUAAUCGACGUAUUCGCAUACAUAGAGGAGUUGGACUUUGGGGGCGACGAAGAUGUAUGAUUCGAGGAGGUAUUCGACUGGGGUGUUGCAGACGUUGUGUACGUGUUCGGCGGUGUUCCUGCUGUCCUAUUUGUUGAAUCACAUUAAAUUUCUAAUAUAAUCGAAUGAAAUUUCAAUUGAAUAAUAACUAAUUUUCUUCUCCUAAUGCAAGGUCUUUAACUGUUUAUUCUGAUUAUUUACUUCUUCUUCUUAUUUAAUGUUAAAUUGGUUUAAAAUGUUUUGAAAUAAAUUGAAUAUCUUGUUGUUGGUUU